CAACUUAAAAGUCUUUGUAAUGCUUAGAUUUGUAUAAAAGUCUUCAUAAUGUUCUGUCGGUGUUCCGUGUUUGAAAAUAUCUCAUGAAGUUAUUGAUUUGAACGCAUGGUGGCGGUGUAGGCUAAGAGAAGGAGUAAGAAGUCUUUAGAGCCCUUGGAAGCCCCGUAUCGCCUGGAAACUGAAGCAAAAUACGGAACCAUUUGCUACUGCCGCUAAGACAAAAGCACUCCGGAGAAGAGGGGUCACCGGGAACGUGUAAGACCAAAUCCAAAAAUUUCACAACAGAGACUUUCCGGAAGGCCAAAGUUACCUCCGUGAUAAAGAGCUGAAAGGGAUUUUCCCUCCUGCAUCAGUAGAGAUGCCACAAACAAAGGAGUGGUGCAAGACAAGGCAAGUGAUGAUUUUAAUUGCAUGGAUGCUUUCGUGGGAGGUGGGUUCAGAAUCAAUUCAUUAUACCGUGCCGGAGGAGACAGAAAGUGGGACGUUUGUGGCCAAUUUGACUAAGGACUUGGGACUAAGGCUGGGAGAACUGGCUGCUAGGGGUGCCAGAGUGGUUUUCAAGGGGAACAGACAGUAUCUGAAGAUUGCCCCACAAACCCAGGAUUUGGUGCUCAAUGAAAAGCUGGACCGGGAAGAGCUAUGCGGCUCCACGGAGCCUUGUAUGCUACCUUUCCAGGUGUUACUAAACAAUCCUUUGCGGUUUUAUCAGGCCGCACUGAGAGUUAUAGAUAUAAACGACCACGCCCCAGAGUUUCCUGCCAGAGAGGUGCUCCUUAAAAUAUCAGAAAUAACUGAGCCAGGAAAGAUACUCCCUUUGAAAAUGGCACAGGACCCAGAUACCGGCAGUCACAGCAUUCAGAGCUACACUGUCAGCGACAACCGUCACUUCCACGUACUCACUCGCAACCGCAGCGAUGGCAAGAAGUUCCCUGAGCUAGUGUUGGACAAAGCAUUGGACCGUGAGGAGCAGGCUCAGCUCAGACUCACGCUCACUGCGGUGGAUGGCGGGUCUCCCCCCAGGUCAGGGACCACAGAGAUUCAAAUACUUGUCUUAGAUAUAAAUGACAACACUCCGGAGUUUGCUCAGGAGCUCUAUGAGGUCCAGGUCCCUGAGAACAACCCCAUUGGUACAUUGCUUCUUACCGUCUCAGCGAGAGAUUUAGACACAGGAUCCUUUGGAGAGGUUUCUUAUGCACUGUUUCAAGACGACGAUGUUAACGAGCCUUUUGUAAUAAACUCAAAGACAGGAGAAAUUCGACUGAGAAGCGCCUUGGAUUUUGAAGCGUUUCAGUCCUACCAUGUGGGUGUUGAGGCCAUGGAUGGCGGUGGGCUAACAGGAAAGUGUUCUUUAGUCGUGCAGGUAUUGGACGUGAAUGACAAUGCUCCGGAAGUGAUCCUAUCCUCUCUCAACAGCCCCAUCCCUGAAAAUUUGCCAGGUAUCAUAGUAGCAGUGUUCAGUGUUUCAGAUGCAGACUCGGAAAAUAACCAGGAGGUUAUGUGUUCCAUAGAUGACAAUCUUCCAUUUCUUCUAAGACCAUCCGUGGAGAAUUUCUAUACUUUGGAAACAGAUAGGGCACUAGACAGAGAGAGCCGAUCUGAGUACAACAUCACCAUCACAGUCACCGACAUGGGCACACCCAGGCUCACAACCCAGCACACCAUAACAGUGCAGGUGCUGCUGGUGGAUGGCUUCUCUCAGCCCUACCUGCCUCUGCCUGAGGUGGCGCGAGAACCCGCUCAGGAUGAGGACGCACUCACGCUGUACCUGGUCAUUGCCUUGGCAUCUGUGUCUUCGCUCUUUCUCUUGUCAGUGCUGCUGUUUGUGGGGGUGAGGCUGUGCAGGAGGGCCAGGGCAUCCUCUCUGGGUGGCUGCUCUUUGCCUGAGGGCCACUUUCCUGGUCACCUGGUGGAUAUCAAUGGCACAGGAACCCUGUCACAGAGCUACCAGUAUGAGGUUUGCCUAAGGGGAGACUCUGGGACUGGUGAGUUCAAAUUUCUAAAGGCAAUUAACCCCCAAUUUCCUACUUUGGAAUCUGAGAGGAAAACAGAGGAAAGUCCUAAACUUCGGAAUAGCUUCCUUUUCCUCUAAAUACUGUAGUGUAGUAGUAAAUUCUGUUUAACCUUCGAAAGUGCUUUUAAGCUGAAUGUGCAUGCUACUGGUGUAUGUUUGCUGAGGCUUAUUGUAUUACAUCUUAUACUAGUUCCUGGAACUGGAAUCCGGUGUCUCAAGCAUGUUAGGCAAAAUCAACAUAGAGCUAAAUUGUCAACCUGUUUGUUUGUUUGUUUUUUCUAUUUUUGAGAUGUGGUCUCACUCUGUAGACUAUGGUAGUCUGGAUCUUGCUAUGUAGAACUGUCUGGCCUGGAACACAGAGAGACCCACCUGCCUCUGUCCCCUUAGUACUAUGAUUAGAGACCUCAGUCAUAAUGUCUCAUCUGGCUUGCCCUGUUGCUAUUAUUCGUGAGAUUGUACCCUUUUUUUCAAGACAUGGUUUCUCUGUGUAGCCCUGGCUGGAACUAGCUCUGUAGUCUAGGAUGUCCUUGAACUCAGAGAUCUGCCUGCUUCUGCCUGCCAAGUACUGGAAUAAAAGGAAUACCCCACCACUGCCCAGUCAAAUUUGUUUUUUAAAUGGUCAGUUUCUGGAGAUUCCACCAGCUUCUCAAUUGCACUUCAUAGCUGUAUUUAAAUUAGAGGCACUAACCUGUAUUUGGCAACUUAAAUAAAAAGUAUCUUUAGUAAAA